AUCGCCGCAGUUCCUUCCCGGACCUGCCCCGCGGAGCUUUGCGCGCAGAGUCCUAACUGUGCUGCUCUUAGGGUUCGGGGUUCUGCAGACUCUUCACGUGGCAAGUCUAGAAAAGCAGCGGAAUCUGGUUUCGCUGUGUUGCCAGCGCUCAGCCGCCGGCCUCUAAGUCGGUUACCAGGACGGAGCUUGCCUCGUCUGCUCUGAAGGCGGCCGUGAAGAGCAUGCACCGCCUCCCCCAAGAUGAGCCGCCAGCACCCCACGACGCGGGAAUGCGUGCUGCCGGUUUAGUGUUGCAGGGGCUCUCCUAAAACCCGGGGACAAAAAUUGGUGGAAGAAAACGGAUUUAUUUACAGCACUGGACAAAACAGAGAAAUGCUCGCCCUCUUCUGCCUUGCUAGGAACAGACUUAGAAUUUGUAGAAAAGGUUAGACCAAAGUUGGGAAAUAGAUGUAUUUACAGAUUUAGCUGUGAGCAAAUUUACCGGAACUGGAAAGUAAUCCAUCUCCUGGGAGAUCCUAUAUGCCUCUGGCUUCUUUGUAGUGGCCCAUCCUCACCCCUAGCAUGGAAUUUACUAGAGAAAGGAUCAUUCUUAACGCGCCUUUUACACGGGACACUGGCUGCUAGGACACCCUGUAGGUGAAGCUUUUACCGACCGUGUGCCAGCUUCUUGUGGUCAGCUAGCACAACUUGUAGGAAUUGGUUCUCUUCCAUCAUGUGGGUCUUGGGGAUCUAACAGGACAUCGGCCUUGGUGGCAAGUCCCUUUACCCCCUGAGCAGUCUCCCCUUCUUAUUUUUUUCUUUGUGAUGUUGAGGGUUGAACCCAGGGCCUCACAAAUGCAAUUUACGACUGACCCAAAUCCCCAGGCUUUCUUUACAUUUUUUACUUUGAAAUAGGGUCUCACUAAGUUGCCCAGGCUGACCUUGAACUAGCUAUUUAGCCUGGGCUGGUCUUGGAACUUGAAAUCCAGCUGCAGCUUCCCAAGUAGCAAAGAUUGCAGGUGCAUGCUAUCACAUCAUACUAAUGAAGUUUUUUACUUAUUUUGGUGUUGAGGAGUGAACCCAGGGUCUUCUGCGUGCCAGGCUGUGCUCCACCACUGUCCUGUAUUCCUUUUUUAAAGUUUUUAAAAUUUUUAAUGAAUUGGUGCUGGAGAGAAGACUGAAUGGUUAAAAUUGUAAGUCCCCAUGUGGGUGCCAGGAAUCGAAUUUGGGGCUUCUGCAAGAACAGCAAGUAUUCUUAACCACUGAACCACCUCUCCAAACCCACACCCCCAGCUUUGAAUGAGCUAAGAACCACUGGCUUCACUGUGCUGAAGGGAGACCAAUAGGAACGCUCCAUUUGAGAGUGGCACUUUGCAGGCACCAGGGUAUACAUGUUUUCUUCACGGUAUGCCCAGGACCAGUCCAGGCAUCCAGGAACAGCGUGGGCGCGUCCUUCCAGGCCAGACAGCAACAAAGGGGACCCAAGGCAUUGAGAACCUUCCUUGUGAACUUCAGAGGAACUUCCAGCUGAUGCGAGAGUUGGAUCAGAGGACAGAAGAUAAGAAAGCAGAGAUCGAUAUCCUGGCUGCAGAGUAUAUUUCCACAGUGAAGACUCUCUCUUCAGCCCAGCGUGUAGAGCACCUGCAGAAGAUCCAGAGCGCCUACAGCAAGUGCAAGGAGUACAGCGAUGACAAAGUGCAGCUGGCCAUGCAGACCUACGAGAUGGUGGACAAACAUAUCCGAAGGCUUGAUGCUGACCUGGCACGCUUUGAGGCUGACCUUAAGGACAAGAUGGAUGGCAGUGAUUUUGAAAGUGCUGGAUCACGAGGCUUGAAAAAAGGUCGGGGUCAGAAAGAAAAGAGAGGCUCCCGGGGCCGAGGGAGGAGGACAUCAGAAGAGGAUACUCCUAAGAAAAAAAAGCACAAAGGCGGGUCUGACUUCACUGACAGUAUCCUAUCUGUGCAUCCCUCUGACGUGCUGGACAUGCCUGUGGACCCGAAUGAGCCCACGUACUGUUUGUGCCACCAGGUGUCCUAUGGGGAGAUGAUCGGCUGUGACAAUCCAGAUUGUCCGAUCGAGUGGUUUCACUUUGCUUGUGUGGAUCUCACCACAAAGCCCAAAGGAAAGUGGUUCUGUCCACGAUGUGUUCAGGAAAAAAGAAAGAAGAAGUAAGGAAGAGGUUGUGUGCCAGAUUGAAGAGCAAGCUAAUAUAUUUCUUCAUUCAUGUUGCAAUAUUUUCUUUCAUUUUAAAACUACCUUAUUUUGACUGAUAUUUAAGAACUCAGUGGCCAGUUGUAAUUUUGGAUAUUUCUUAAAACAAGAAGCUACCGCACCAUUUGCACAAAGCAGUCUCACAGGGACUUGCCACAGUGACUUUAUGUGCAGAUCCCCCCCCAUCACUGGGAACAGCAGCACCCGGACCUCCUGGGGUGAGUGUCACCUUGGGUUGCUGGCAAAGUGCAUGGUGCGGGGUGGACACAUUUUUAACCUGGUACACUGCCACCACUAUGUGACCAGAGGGUCAGUCUCAAGCAUCCAUCAGAAGUUUUCCAAGACUCUCAUGGCACCAUGGAAGCACAACUGUUGCUCUAUGAGCACAGUGUUGUCAGGCAUUGCCCCACAUUGCGCUGUGACUGGAAACCAUGGACUCUUGGCCAGGAUACCUCUGACAUGUCUGGAAGGGGCUGGGGGUUCUUCCCAGGAGGAAGUGCCCUCUACUUCACUGUGUACUGCCUUUUCAGUGUGAACGUCCAGUCCUUCCUGGGGAUUUGCCUUCUGUUGUUAGCCUUGGACUGUCAGUUACUAUGACCAGCACUGCCAAGCAGCGGCCCAGUAGCCAGGCAGAGGUUUCAUUUCUCUGGGAAUUCCUGACUUUUUUACUGUGAAGAUGAAAUUAUUGUAAUAGCAUGAAAGUCGUGGGUCUGUGUGUCUAUGAAGUGAGUUCGUCUACUGUGAGCUGAUUUUAGAACUCUGUUAUGUUGCAUACCACUAGACCAGCAUCUUACAUCCAAGGGGACUACAAUUAUGUGACAUGAUUUGUGAAUUUGUGUGUCCAAUAACAGUUCUGGAAUGAAGGUAGGAAAGUAGAGUGUAUUCUUUGUUUAAUCAGUGUCCACCAAACCAGUGUUUAACUGUCUUUUGGAAAUAAUUGUGGGGAAACAUACACAUUGGGCCUGUUGAGAGAUUAAUUUGUGGUGGUUCCUUAAGUGUGACAGAUUCCUGAGAGCCUUCUUUGUCUUAGAAUUCCUCUGGCAUGUUCUACAGUGUCUCAGACUAUCCAAGAACCAAGGGAGCUUGUUCCUGGC